AUGGUUUGUUUUUUAUUAAAAGCUUUUUUAUAUCAGAAAUGCACAAGGAGGCUUGUGGCGACCGCUAUUAAAGCUGAUCGAGAAGUUAGUUUAAAAUCGAAUGUAAAGUUUGUACCGAAUGGACAACAUUAAUCGGAACGUAGGCACUAAUACCACUUCAAACAUAUGGAAGAUUUCAGCGACGAACUUCAUUUCUUCUUAAGCCGCAAACAACAAAACAAAUAACAGAAAGGUGGCCAAGAGUGAAAUAGAGAGACAAAGUGCAGUUGGAACAGUAUAAGAGUUUGAAAGAGCAGUAAAGCAGUCUCAGUUAACUGCAACUAAAGCUAAACACUUUUUCUUGGAUAAUAUGUGCUUCUACAAAACAGUUGCUAAACCAAAUUUAAAGCGUUCGGUUCGUCUACUUCAACGUUUCAUGCUCAGGUUUGCAUGUUAUAUACAGGGGUUUCUUUACGUAUUGUCUAAAGCGCGAGUGUUUAACCGGAGUGGCAGGGAGAGGCAAGCGGUGAGCCAACGGAAAAUUCAACAACGAAUGUAAAGGUGAAAAAGGGUAGCGAUAAAAAUGUGUUGCAAAAUUUUCACAUGUUUAUUUUGUUUUAAUUUUGAAAUUCAUUGCGAUUGCUAGUAAAUUUCGAAGUGAAUAGAAGAAGUUAGGGAAAAAUAUUUAUCAAAACAAAAAUUUAUCAAAAUUCGUGUAGUAAAAGUUACUGAGAGAAUAUUUAUUUUGAUGAAGUAAAAUUAUGUGGGUGAAAAAAUAAAAAUAAAAUAAAAAGCUGGAGACAAUUUUCCCGUUUUGUUCCAUACAUGUUGUAUUUUACAUGAUUUUUUUUUUGCAAGCAAGCUGUGUAAGCCCUGCAGAAAAAGUAUAGUGCAACAUUUUGCAAGUGCCAGUGGAGCAACGUAACAUGAAGAAGAGGAAUCUACUGUUCAAGUUUUUCAUACUGCUGGCAACACUAUCGUGGCAUGUGACAGUUUGUUCAGAGGUACAGGAAAAUCAUCUUCCUACGAAAGACAUUCUCAAAGAUGCUUCAGCUAAAAGAUUUACCAAAAAUAACGAUAUUGUACGAGCUGUACGAGAAUCAAUUCGACAACAUGAACUGUUGCAGCAACGUAAUAAAAAUCGCAGAUCAAAACGUGCCGUGAAGCGCGUUUGUUAUGGAGAACUCGGUUGUUUUGAGGACUCUGGUCCUUUUGCGUACCUGGAAAUGUUACCCUCGUCACCUGAAGAUAUCAACACGAAAUUUUAUUUUUACUCCACAAAGAAUCGUUCAGAGAGACCACUCAUGGAGUUGCCUUUUCUUAACAUGACCAACGCUUUUGACAGUAUCGCCAUGGCUUCGCAUUCGAUACGACGCAGGGCAGGUUCGACAAAUGAUACACUCGAUGAACCCACAGCUACGACAACUACAACGACAACAACAAAGCGAAGCGUCUUUAAAAGCACUCCACUGUCGCUUGAUGAACUACAUGGUUUCGAUGAGCUAUCGGUGCGUGUGAUCGUGCAUGGUUUCGGCUCUGCUUGCCCGCAUGUAUGGAUUUAUGAAAUGAAGACGGCGUUGAUGGCGGUGGAAGACUGCAUUGUUAUAUGCGUGGAUUGGGAGAACGGUGCCACUUUUCCGAAUUACGUGCGCGCUGCCUCCAAUACUCGUCUAGUUGGCAAACAAUUGGCCAUGCUUUUACAUAACUUGAAAGAGUACAAAGGUCUGAACUUCUCCAGGACACAUCUAAUUGGUUUUAGUUUGGGAGCACAUGUGUCUGGUUUUGCUGGCUCUCAAUUACCGGGCUUAGCUCGUAUUACUGGUUUGGAUCCUGCAGGCCCGCUUUUUGAAGCCCAACAUCCUAAGGUCCGUCUGGAUAGUACAGAUGCGGAGUUUGUGGAUGUUAUACAUUCGAAUGGGGAGAACUUAAUACUAGGAGGGUUGGGUUCAUGGCAGCCAAUGGGACAUGUGGAUUUUUAUCCGAAUGGAGGGCGCGUGCAGACGGGUUGUUCGAAUUUAUUCGUAGGUGCAGUAACGGACUUCAUUUGGUCUGCCCAAACGGCCGACGAGGAGGAGGGUCGUUCUCUCUGCAACCAUCGGCGUGCAUACAAGUUCUUCAUCGACUCUGUCGCUCCGCGAUGUAUGUUUCCCGCUUAUCCAUGUAACAGCUAUGAUGAUUUUAUUAAAGGCGACUGUUUCCCAUGCGCCCAGAAUGAUGAAGACAUCGCUGAAGGGGUGCCACGUUGCGGUAAUAUGGGCUAUUAUGCCAAUCGAUCGACAGGUCGUGGACAACUAUAUCUAGUAACUCGAGAAGAAGAGCCAUUUUGUGCGCAUCAAUUCAAGCUGGAGAUAUUUAACUCGUUCAAUGACCUGCCUCUAAGGACGAUCGGCCGCUUAGAAGCCACACUCGAAGGUGAGGGUGGGUUAAACGAAACAUUCAAGAUAUCAGAAAAAGACGACUCAGAAUUCUUCGCUGGUGAUAUUGUUUCGAAAAUUAUAGUUCCACACCCAGCUUUGGGAUUUCCAACCACCCUCAGUUUGCAUUACAAAUCCUAUAGCGGUUGGCUGUCCAAGGGCCUGCCGCAUUGGGAUAUUGAUAAGGUUGUAUUAACUGAUAGCUUUGGUCGCUGUCAUUCACUUUGCAAGCCAUCAACAAAACUGUCGUCCGGCACACCAGUGCGUCUAAAACUGCUAUCGGGGAAUUGUGAGUUGGAAAACCAAGAAGAGUAUGGUGCUUAUAAUGUGCCCACUACUUCGGUACCGGACUCUAGCGGACAAGAGAGCGCGCAUAAUGCGGAAACUGAUAGCAUAGAUGCCGCCAAGCAGAGCAAAGUUUAUUUUAAUUUUGGUACUUCCUUCCGGUUGGACGAGAAUAGCUCAUAUGCUGACCAUGAUUUACCUUGGCAACCCAUUUUAGAAGGGUCAAACUCAUUAGACAAAGACGUUGGCGAGUCGAGUCGCAGUCUCUCCAUCGAACCAACUGAAAUUUUUGAACCAGUUUUAAAUGAAGCCCGACUUGGACUCAAGAAUGCACGUAAUCUUCAGGAAUAUGGUGCAACAACGGAAGAGAUUGUUGAGCCUGUUUUAAAAGCGACAACACCAAGGAUAAAGAAAGCGAAAGAAAUGGUCUUCACUGAUCCAACGUUAGCCACAAAAGCGCCUGAAAUCAUAAAAAUAGUUCCACCUGUCGUACGUAACGGACCAGAGUCCGUUUUACAGGAGGAAGCUAUCACUGUCCAGUUGCUUCCGUUCCGUCUUGGCGAUCUGCUACAACGCGCGGAACGUUAUGCUAGAGAAACACUAUUACCAUUGAUAUCCGUGCAAGCACCGAAAUUCUUCGGCUUCAAUGUGGGCGGCAGUAAGGUUGGUGAUAGCGAGGAACCAGCACCUCUGAAGGAAGAACCACGUAAACCACGAUAUAUUCCACGCUUUGAAGAAACUUUGUUUUUGCGCGAUAAACGCGUGGAGCAAAAUCGAACUUCAUUCAAACCGAUAACAGACCUCGCAACAGCUGAAUCGAAGACGCAACGUAACAUUUUUAAGCUUAUGAGGGUGGAUAAGACGGGGAAGGCUGGGAGCAAUAGUGACAGUAGGAGUAGUGUGGAGCGAUUCGGUCAAAAGCGCGCACUCAGCGAUGUUACCUAUUACACGAAUGUGAUGCUCACUGAGUCGCGAGCAUUGCGACCUGAAGAUCCCAGCUAUGAGCCCGUAUUUAUAGAAUUACCCACAUAUAAGCCGGGGAAGGCAGCGCGAAAUAGCCGAGGAAUCGAAACAACGUUAGCUGAACGAAAGCCUUGAAAAUUUGUGUCAUUUAAAGUCAAAUAAAAGCUCUUAGACUUCAUCACAAAGCUUUGGAAUUUCUUAGUUCAUUGGCGUUGGUUUAACUAAAAAAUUUAACGAAAGAUUAUAUUAAUUGUAUAGAAAACAAAAAUAUUAUUGUCAAUACUAUCAUUAAGACACCAAUCAUUUAAAGCUGUUUUUACAUCCAACUAAAGCUAUAAUGGAAAAACAUGGCUCUCCGUUUCUCCUCCACGCAUUUGUAAGACAAUAUUUAAUUUAAUUUCGAUCUAACAAAUUUUCUGUAAAUAUUUUCAAAUCUCUCACUGUUUUCCUUUUAAUUUGUAUGUAAUAUGUAAUAAUUAAUUGAAAUAAGGAAAUAAUAAUAUUGAAAAAAUGUGUAGUUCUAAGUAAAAUUAAAUUAGGAAUGCAUA